AUGGUCGUUUUAUUGGAGAUGUGGGUACUUGUCAUUAUUGUUGCAGUUUCUCUUCAAAGUCGGGUUCUUUUGAGUUCACAGAAUCUGACAUGCAAUUCUGAUGAUGUGAGAGGAUUACGGGAUUUCAUGAAUGGACUGGAAUCGCCAAUUGAUGGGUGGUGGCCAAAAGUUUCAUCAUCUUUUUCGUCUUCCAGUUGCUGCAACUGGGUCGGUAUCAAUUGUAAUUCCACUUCUGGUAGGAUUGUUAGAUUAGAACUCCCGAAUCACGUAUUGACAGGGAGUGUCUCCGAUUCAUUUUCUAAUUUAAAUCAUCUCCGGACACUGAAUCUUUCACACAAUUUUCUUAAAGGCCUUCUUCCCGUUUCCUUAUUUCUUCUCCCCCAUUUGGAAGUAGUUGAUUUAAGUGGUAAUAGAUUCAAUGGGGUUUUACCACUUAACAUAAACCUGCCUUCACUUCAAGUAUUAGACGUAUCUGAUAAUGCCUUUGAGGAUUCACUUCCAUCCGGUUUAUGUGUUAACUCCACCAGAGUUCAUGUUCUUAUAUUUGCUGCGAAUUAUUUCAAUGGAACUAUUCCGCUUGAAUUUGGGAAUUGCAAUUUCCUUGAACAUCUGGACGUGGCUUCCAAUUAUCUUUCAGGCGUCAUACCCAAGUUCUUAUUCACGUUACCUAAGUUGGUGGAAUUGGCACUACAUGAUAACAGGUUCACCGACAUCGAGGGAAUUGGUAAUUCCACUAGUCAUCUGGUUCGUUUGGAUAUUUCAUCCAACAGGUUCUCAAGAAAUAUACCCGAUUUCUUCCAUAGGUUUCCGAAAUUAAGUUAUUUCUCAGCUCAUUCCAACAAUCUGUUUGGUGGGAUACCUCCAUCAUUGUCACAUUCACCCUCCAUUUCUUCCCUCAGCUUGAGAAACAAUUCUUUGGAUGGUAAAAUCAAUUUCAACUGCUCCGCCAUGGUUAACCUUACCUCACUUGAUCUGGCUACUAAUAACUUUUCGGGUACAAUACCUGAUGCUCUUUCAUCUUGCCAAAAGUUAAAAGCUUUACAUCUUGCCAGGAACCCCAUACUCAAAGGCCAAAUCCCACAAACUUUCAAGAAUUUCCCUUCUCUUUCUUACCUUUCACUUUCCAAUUGUAGCCUCAGUAACCUGUCAACAGCUCUUAAAGUUCUCCAGCACUGCCCCAAUCUAUCUGUUUUGGUUCUUACUAUGAACUUCUAUAACGAACAGCUGCCACCUGAUGAUGAUCUACAGUUCAAAUCACUCACAGCUCUAGUGAUUGCCAAUUCCAAUCUCACUGGUAGCAUUCCACCAUGGCUAAAGGGUUUAACGCAGUUGCAGUUGCUGGAUUUUUCUUGGAACCACAUGACAGGAUCGAUCCCGGGGUAUUUGGGUAAUUUCAAGUCUCUCUUUUACUUGGACCUAUCCAACAAUUCCUUUUCAGGAGAGAUACCCAAGAAUCUAACACGAUUAGAAAGCCUGAUUUCAAGAGAUAUGUCAUUAAACGAUCCGUCACCAAGUUUCCCGUUGUUUAAAAUACGGAACAUGAGCGCCAGAGGAUCAAUAGCGCAGUACAAUCAGAUCAUGAGAUUUCCACCGCUUUUAGACCUCAGUUACAACCACCUCACUGGCCCAAUCUGGCGGGAGUUUGGGAACUUAAAAAAGCUACAUGUUUUGGAUCUGAAACACAACAGUUUAUCAGGUACGAUUCCCGGUUCUUUAUCAGGUAUGAGGAGCAUAGAGACGCUGGAUCUUUCUUUUAACAGUCUCACAGGAACAAUCCCUACGUCUCUGGUGAGCUUAAGUUUUUUGUCCAAAUUCAGCGUUGCAUACAAUAAUCUAACGGGAACGAUUCCUUCUGGAGGUCAAUUUCCAACGUUUACAAACUCCACCUUUGAAGGAAACUCUGGUUUAUGUGGCGAUUUUUUCAUCAACUGUGACAAAAUUCAAGUCCCUUUGCAAACUCCUGUGGCAUCCGAGAACAACCAGGAAGACUUUGCCAUUAUUUUGCCUGUGUUGACUGGGUUUGGAGCUGGUUUCUUUGUCACUGUCGUCGCAUUGCUUGUUGUUCCUGCAAUUAGGGAUAAAAGAGUUCACAUCGAUUUCAAGCUUUCACGAGCAACUGAUCAUCAAUUGAUAUCUUCGAUUGAAAUCGUUUUCAGCAAUUGGAGGUUUUUUCGGAAUCAGAUCUUAUCCCCUUCAUUUGAUGAUUUUCAACUUCAAAGCCAGAUUGAAAUAGAUUUUUCACCGAAAUACGCUUUCAUCAAGUUACAUAAACCGAUGUUAGCAAUUGAUCAUAAGAUUCAUACCGCUUUCAGUAUUUUCAAGCUUCGAUUUUGCUUCUUGAUAGUUGUAACUGAUGAAACUCAACUUGAAAGGAACUUGAAUAUUUCAAGCUAUAAAUUUUCAACUACAAGAGUUAAAGAUUAAUAAAUAUGUAAUAGAUUUUAUAUGUCACAAAAAUGUAAUAUUUUUUAUGGUUUUUGGUGCAUUGUUACCGAUCAAACUAUAACAUUAUUUUGUAAAAAUAUUCUAUAUGUACAUACAACAUAUUUUAUUCUUUUAGAAUA